AUGACCACCCGCACCUGGAAAUCCCGCAUCUUCUGCGCAACAAGCCUCGACGGCUCCAUCGCGCGCCAGAACCACGAUAUAACAUGGCUUACCCAGCCAUUUCCAAACGCCGAGCACGCGCCGCCAUCUCAGCCACAAUCGACAAUGACACUCGAGCAGCAUAUGGCUGAUGUAGAUUUCAUUGUCAUGGGCCGGAAGACAUUUGAUGUUUGUAUGAGUGAGCCCGAGUGGCCGUAUCCGGAGAAGAAGUUGCUGGUGCUUAGUACGACCGUUCGAAAUCUUCCGAGGAAUUCUCCCGCUGGUGCUCGGGUUGUUGCGUCGAUGGAGGAAGUUGAGAUGAUUCUCGAUACCGAGGGCGCGACGAUGGUCUACAUGGAUGGCGGAAAGACGGUGCAGGAGUUCCUCAGGCGCGGGUGGGUGGAUGAGAUGGUGCUGACGAUUGCGCCUGUUCUUCUCGGUGGAGGAGGGAAGGGACCAGCGUUGUUUGGGGACGUGGGUGUUGACUUUCCUGGCGAUAUGCAUUUUACUUUGCGUGGCGUAGAUGUUAUCGAGGAUGGGAUGGUGAGUUGUUAUUAUCAGGUGAAAGCGUGA